GCGCAGCAGCAGCAGCAGCAGCAGCUCUGUCAGAUCACACCGGGGGUGACGCACGGGCAGAAGACUCCAACUCCAACGAAACUCCUCCAAGGAUUAAUUCAAACUUCUAAAAGUGACUUUAUUUGCUCCAGUGUGGUGUGGGAACACUUCACCAAGGGGAUUAUGAUAAGUUGUGAUAGUUCUCUGAGGUCUGCUGGAUGUUUGGAGUAGAUAAAGGACACAAAGUACGUUUUCUGUAGCUCAGAGGCGCACGACGCGUCAGGACGACAGGGGGAUUUUACUGUCUUUCUUAGUUCUUUUUUAAACCUUUUUCAAGGGAUGUGAGUUUUUUAGUCCACUUGGACCCGCUCAGUGAAUAUAAAACCCGGGAUAAAGCCACUUUUUAAACUUUGUGUGCCUUGAAUUCAGCAUGCUGGCCAACACGGCACUGUAUGCGGCGAAGAAACGGAAGAAGCCGGUUCAGAAAAUACCCAAACCUCCGCCUCCUGAUGGCGCCAAGUCAAACCCGUCCAAACGUCACCGUGACCGGCUCAACGGCGAGCUGGACAAGCUCACCAGCCUGCUGCCGUUCACCGAGGAAGUCCGCGCCCGGCUGGACAAGCUGUCCGUGCUUCGCCUCAGCGUCGGAUACCUGAAGGUCAAGAGCUUCUUCAACGCCGCGAUGAAGAAAGGUCAGAACGGCUCCAGCUGGACCAGCGAGCGGAGUCUGAUGUUCGGAGGAAACGUCCAGACUGCUCUCCCUCCGUCCUCCUCUGUCCCCUCCUCCGCCGCCUCACAGGUGACCUCCAUCGACGGAGUCAGCUUCUCUGAAGGAGACUUGCUGCUUCAGGCGCUGAACGGCUUCGUGUUGGUGGUGACGGCUGAAGGAUACGUCUUCUACACGUCCCCGACCAUCCAGGACUUGCUCGGCUUCCACCAGGUAAACACACCUCCUGUCUUCAGAUGCUACAGAGGUCCAGAGAAAUAAUCUCUGCUGGUCUAAACCUGGAGGAUCU